AAUGAAUGUUGGUUUCUCCUAUACUACGGCCAUCAUUUAUGAUUUGGUUGCAUCUUUAUAGUUUCCUGCAUUCAAUAAGUUUCUUUUUUUGUUAUAUUGGCUAAGUUCUUAUAUCUACUUUGUAUGCUCUCGUCAAGUUCUCCAAUUUGAGGAUUAUGUAUUUGUUUUAACUUUUAACUCAAUUAGUCUUUACUUUUCAUAUUCUAAGGUUACCCCAGUUUCAUAUAAUGGCGAGGAGUGAUAGAUUCAGUCAACUCCCAGAAGAUAUAUUGGACCAUAUUUUGGGAUUCUUGCCUAUACAAGAUAUUGUUAGAACCACAGUUUUGUCUACCAUAUGGAGAGAUCUAUGGUUCACUCUAAGGCAGCUCUGCUUUGAUCGUCGGUUCUUUAGCUACAUUGACAAAAAAAAUCGGACUAGCAAAUAUGUAAAGAAAUCCUGCGCUUUCUAUAUAAUUAACAAAGUUCUCUUGCAGCACAGGGGAACAAUUCAGAAAUUUGCCAUUGAUUUAUCUCAAGUUGGGAAAGUUAGUAUAAGGUCUCGAUCUUUUGAUUUUGAUCAAUGUUUAGAUCUAGUUGUACGUAAAGGUGUUCAAGAAGUCCACCUUCAAUUCUGGGGUGAAUCAUACAAGCUGCCAAAUUGUAUAUUUUCAUGUUCAACAGUCAAGAGCUUGCAUCUUUGUCGUAUCAAUAUUGUACCAAUAGAUUUUCCUCACACACUACCGUAUCUCACCUCACUAUAUUUUGAAGAUAUUCGUUUUGGUCCUGCUGAUCUGCCAUAUUAUGUCAUUGAUGUUCCGAUGCUAAAGAACCUGUCCUUUAGCAAUUGUGGGGAUAUAUCACCCUUCAAAGUUACUGCUAGAAAUCUUUGUAAUUUGACAAUUAAAGAUUGUUGUAGUAGCCAAUUGUGCAGCAUUUUCCCACUUGCCUCUAACUUGAUAUCUAUUCGUACGCUUGAUUUGCACUGCGAAUCUCUCCAGGGACUUCCACAAGAAACAGAUGCAACAAAUGUUGAAUUGCUGAAGCUUGAAGGUUUUCGUUUCCAUAAUGACGGUUUGACUUCUGCAUUUGUACACUUACUGUGCAUAUGCCCGCAGUUAUGCAAACUUGAAAUAACUUUUUCGGUAAUAUUUAUUACUUCAUUUUCGUGGACAAUAGCUCUUUGUAAUAUUUUUGUUACUUGCUUUAUGUACUUCCUUACUGUGUAAAGUUGAACCUUUGAUUUUUACUUUCUUGCUUGCUUCUCUGAAGUGGACAGAUAUUAAGUGUCAAGAUCCUACACCUGAGCUCUUGAAAAAACUUCGUUGUGUGGUUCAAGCAUGCGGAAAGCUACUCUUUUUGAAACUUAGAUUUUUUACAGGAUUAAGGCUCGAAAUACUUUUCAUAAAGGAGAUGCUGGGCUGUCUUCCCGCACUUGAAAAAGUUAUCAUCAAUUGGCCUGGGUAUACGAUUGAUGACAACCAGAAACAUGAGAUUAUGGAAGAAGUUUUGCUUUCCCGGUUUCCCCACGUGCAUCUAUCAAAGCAAAGAUUGUUUAUUAGUGGCUAUUUUACACUGUAUCCAUUAUAGUUUUUGUAUGAGUAGUGUUAUGCACUUUUUGACUUAUGCCAAAUCUAUCUUAUUGUUU